AUGUGUGGAAUUAUUGGCUUGGUACUUUGUGAUGGGGCAAAACCAGAUGGAUGUUUAGCAGCUUUAACCAUUGAAGGCCUUAUAGCUCUACAGCAUAGGGGUACCGAUAGCUCCGGCAUUGUUGGAACGGAUGGGGUGCUCAAUAACCAGUUUGAAAUUGUCAAAGGAAAGGGUCUUGUAAGAGAGGUGUACAGAGCUGAAGAGAUCGCCAAAUUUCAGAAUGCUGUGGCUACGAUUGGCCACAACAGGUAUUCAACCACGGGCCUAAAAAGUGCCACUAAUUGUAUACAACCGUUUGUGGUACAUACUGUUUCUGGACUUCUUGCUAUUUCUCAUAAUGGUGAACUAGCCCACGCUCCUGUUGAGAGAAAAAAGAUGCUGGAAAGUGGUGUCGGACUUUCUACCGAUACUGAUAGUGAAUUGAUAGCACAAAGUAUUGGAAAGGCUAUUGCUGUGAAUAUGCAGUCUCGUAAACAAAAAGCUGCUGGAGAUAUUGCUGAGGAACUUGUUAAAACCUUACCGCAUUUGAUGCUUUCCUAUUCCCUGCUAGUGAUGACCUCCGACAGAAUUUAUGCAGUUCGAGAUCGUUAUGGUAAUCGACCGCUGUGUAUCGGUAUGACGUACACAAAGAUCCAUUCUGAAAAAAAGCCGUAUGCUUACAUAGCUGCGUCGGAAUCGUGUGCCCUUUUUCCGAUGAAUGGAGAGUUUUGUUUCGAACUGAAGCCAGGUGAGAUUGUUGAAAUCAGCCGCGGUGGUUGUAAACGGAUUCAUCAGAUGAAACCGAUAACUCCGGCAUUUUGUAUAUUCGAAUACAUCUACUUUGCAAGGGAGAGCUCUGUUUUCGAAGGGCAAGAAGUGCACACAGUACGGGAAACCUGCGGCCGAUUACUUGCACGAGAAACUGGUGUUGAGGCAGACAUCGUUAGUGCAGUUCCCGACUCUGCAAUUCCAGCUGCUUUAGGUUAUGCACAGGAGUCUGGAAUCCCGUAUCGACUGGUACUAAACAGGAACUCUUACGUCGGAAGAUCUUUUAUACAGCCCAAUAAUCAGUUACGUUUGACAGCUGUCGUGAGGAAGUUUACCCUUAUCGCUUCAAAUGUGCUUAAUAAAAGGAUUAUUUUGGUCGAUGAUUCUGUUGUCCGGGGGAACACUAUGGGUAUAAUCGUCAGUAUGUUGAAGGCCAAUGGGGCAAAAGAGGUUCACGUCCGCAUAGCUUCGCCACCUAUCAAGUACCCCUGUUUUAUGGGUAUUAAUAUGCCAACGAAAAAGGAACUUAUAGCUUCAAAUCACUCGCUUGAGGAAAUCAAAGGCAAGUUUGGAGCUGAUUCAAUUAAGUAUUUAAGCAUCGAUGGUCUCUGCGAAGCUGUAACAAAAGAUUUGGAGAAGGAGAAUCAUUCGACCGGUCACUGUACAGCCUGCCUCACUGGCCAGUAUCCUCUUCAGUUAGAGUGGUAA